ACUGCGCUGCGCGAUUCUGUUUUUUUUUGACAGCUAUCGGCUGAAAGCAAAAAGAUGUGCUUUUGAGUUUGUUCCUGCACUGUUUUAAAAAUAUUUUCCUGCAAAAAUGCUGCUUUCCAAAGUUAUUUCUUUUUCAAUACCGCAAAAGUUUACGCUGACCGGUUUGCUGCAAGUCCGAGCCAAAAACUACUUGAAUCGGCCCCGGUUACGAAACCCGGUGUGGUUUGUCCGCAAAGAACGAACGGUUCACGAUGAGCUCAUUACGCCGGAAAAUACAUCGUUUGUAAAAGAGGUCCUGUACGAGCGAUACGGUCCUUCAGCGCUGAUCAAGGGCGUGCUGACGUUCGAUCAAUCCAAAUCGUCCCUGAUAAAAUCGGAAGAGCUGCCUCCCGUUCAGUGGCAACCUGGAAUGAAAAGAACCGGUGUGAUCGCCAAGAAAAUUGGCCAAUAUCCCCUUUGGAGAAAGGACGGCACCAAGAUCCGGACAACACUACUUCAGAUAAUAGAUAAUCACGUCGUAAAGUAUAUUCCUCCGGAGGAGUUUGAACCGCCACGUGAGCCGAACCAAAAAAGGAACUGGAAAAAUCCGUACGGUUGUCUGCUUGUUGGUGCAGAAAGCAGAGAUCCGUCCAUAUUUACCAAGGAAUAUUGUGGCCUCUUUAAAGAUUCUGGCGUGAUUCCAAAGCAGCAUUUGUGUCGGUUCAUAAUUUCUCCAGAAGCUCGCAUUUUACCGGGAACUCCACUGAAUGUUACCCAUUUUCGGGUCGGCGACUUUGUUGAUGUUCGUGGCAAAACCGUUGACCAUGGUUUCCAGGGCGUCGUGAAGCGGCACAGUUUCAAAGGAAUGCCUGCAUCGCACGGAGUUACCAAAACUCACCGAAGGCCCGGUAACAUUGGUGCGGGAGGCGCAAAAGCCCGCGUGUGGCCCGGAACAAAAAUGCCCGGCCACAUGGGCAAUCGCUGGCGCAAUCUGAGGGGUUUGAAAAUCUGGCGCAUCAACACAAAGUACAACGUCAUGUGGGUACAGGGCAGUAACAUUGCGGGCGAUACCAACGGACUUGUGUACAUCUACGAUACGAUUUUGCCGCUAAGGAAAUACAAGGAAGCGCCCGCAUUCCCAACGCAUUUUGCCUCAGAAAACGACUCGUAUGCUGAUGAAGAUUUUUGGCACGAGGAUAUCCACAAUUUCAAAGAUGGUUCCAUUACGUUCAAAGAAGAAUAAACCAAUUUUAGAGAUAUGUUUCUUAGUCGGUUAA